AUGUAUAGAAACACUUUUAUCAAACUUUUUUUCGUUUUCUUCCUUUGUGGAAUCCUGAGAGCCACUGCCUUAUAUCACAAAAGAGAAGCGCCGACGGAUAAGGAACAGGACGAACCAGAAAUCAUUCUUUUCAGUGGAAACAUUGGAGUUAGGGACAAAGACUCCUGGUUCCGAGGUAAGGAUGUUCCCAUUGCUGCGAUGCAUUCACAUUCAUUGAAGAAGAAUACAUUCUUCGCUCUUCAAGGAGCUCUGGCUGAUCAAGUCAAAGAUAUUGAGGCUGGUCUUAAUGGAGAUAACGAGACUUCUCCUUGGACUUCUAAUGGUGCUGAAUGUGAAGUAGGUGGUGUUCCAAUUAUUUACGAUUCGAGUGAUUGGGGAUUUAUAAAUGGUCCUGAACUGCUAUUCCGUUGUCAGGGACCGUACAUCAAGCCAAUCACCCCAAAGACUAGAGUAACUCUCUCAGCAGGUUUAUUUAUCCACAAAACUGGUGGGUCAGGAAUAAAUAUAGUUAAUGCCCAUUUCGAUUGCAAAUCUGAAGAAGAGCUACAACUGGCUACCAAAUUUCUUGUGGAAAAAAUCAAUCCUUGGAGAAGUGCAAAUGGAUAUCCAAUAAUCGUGACUAGUAAUCUCGAUUAUUCUACUAUUGGGGGUUCCUACGAAAUCCUUGCCAACAUGAGGACUGAUGGCAGCAUUGAGACUGGUGGCAGUAUUAGCAACGAUGGCAGCAUUAAUAGUGGUGGCAACAUUGGGCCCGGUGGCAGCAUUGAUGGUACCACUGGUGGCAGUAUUAGCACUGAUGGCAGCAUUAAUAGUGGUGGCAACAUUGGGCCCGGUGGCAGCAUUGAUGGUACCACUGGUGGCAGUAUUAGCACUGAUGGCAGCAUUAAUAGUGGUGGCAACAUUGGGCCCGGUGGCAGCAUUGAUGGCAGCACUGGUGGAAGUAUUAGCACUGAUGGCAGCAUUAAUAGUGGUGGCAACAUUGGGCCGGAAGGUGGCGGUAUUAGCACCGAUGGCAGCAUUGGGACUGGAAAUAUCGUUUUUGCAGAUGGAGACGGUAUUGCUGUUUCUGGAUAUGAAUCAAUGGAUACUACGCUGCAUGACAAUAUUUUGUCUAGUGAAUAUAAACCUUCCAUAGUUACCCUAAAACGUUACAAAAGUAAAAAGUCAACCAAUUAA